AUGAACAUCAUACAGUACAAAGAGAGUUUCUGCGCGAGCUCUAGCAAUUUGAAGACAGUCUGCAGUCAGAUCAGAGUUGAAACUCAACUACAUAUCUUAGUUAGAGACCCAGCGGUACCAAUCCAGUGUCCGAAACGUGACGCGUAUUAUUUUGAGUACAAGGACAUGAGUACAGGCUACUGCGGCCAAGCCAUUUCCUACGCAAAACCGUGCGCUGGUCUGACCCGGGUUCAAUUCCACUUCAAGCACUGCAAUCCUCUUGCUAAUCUAAACAAGAAAGAAGACGCGCGACAAAGAUUACCCAACGACGACAACUGCAGCGAUAAAAACAAAAACAACAACAAAAACAACAACAUUGAUGACAGCAACAUUGAUUGA